GAACUCCCGUCCGCUUCUCCGCGCCGGGGUACAGUCUGCUGCUGAAGGAGCAAACCUGGCAACCUGGCAGCUUCGGACGGAGCCCGAUCGGCAAUCUGGCAAUGCGGAAAUAGAUCUGGCACCCCCGGAUUGAGGAGAGAAGGCGUGACAGAGCAAGCUGGAGGAGUAGAGAGAGAGAGAGAGAGAGAGAAAGCGGGGAUUGCGCUGACAAAGAUCAAAUAACACACUUUCUACCCACGUUGCCGUUUCUCGAUUUUUUUAUUUUUUUUAAUUAAAGUGCUCAGGUGCGCGCUCGUCUGCACCAGCUCGCGCUUUUCCGCCAGCUUUUUGUGGUUUGUUUUCUCCACUCUGAGAAAGAAAGAGGAAAAAAAAGAGAAAAGAAGAAGUGCGUUUUUAAUCGCCUCUAUUCCGGACUUCUUUACUUUGCCUUCUUUUUUUACCCUCUCCCCUUCCCCUUCCUCGUCAACCAUGGAUGUUUUGGCGAAUUACAGUAUUUUCCAGGAACUCCAACUCGUCCAUGACACUGGUUAUUUCUCGGCAAUGCCUUCCCUGGAGGAGAACUGGCAGCAGACAUGUCUAGAGUUGGAGAGGUAUCUACAGACGGAGCCCAAGAGACUCUCAGAGCUCUUUGACGAGGAGUUGGACUGUCUGCUAACACCGGCUUUCAUGCAAGGCGGCGACAGCGAUGAAGACCUGAUGGACCCGCUCCUGCCCAGCCUCCCCGACCAGCCGAGCCCACCGCCGUUACUCGUAACCCUCCCCAAGGUUCAGGCCAAAAUCCUUCAGGUGCCCAGUCCGAACAAGGGUCAGGUGGUAGCCGGAACCGACACAAAGGACCAAGUCCUCGGAGGAGUCAGCGCCGCUCAGCUCAGCGCCGCCGUCACGUCCCUGACGCCGCCGUCGUCGCCGGAGCUCGGCCGGCACCUCUUUAAGCCCACACAGACGCUCACCGCCACGGCAGACGGCACGCUAACGCUUAAGCUGGUGGCGAAGAAGGUGGGACCAGGGGCCACCAAGGUGGUGGCGGCACGUGCGUUGCCUUCCCCGCCGAGCCGAGGAGGAGCGCUGAGCGACGGCGAGCAGGGAGGCGGUGGAAGUCUGGGAGGAGAUAUUCCUGAGAACAAGAAGAGGGUCCACAGGUGCCAGUUUAAUGGCUGCAGGAAGGUUUACACCAAGAGCUCCCAUCUGAAGGCACAUCAGAGGACCCACACAGGUGAGAAGCCCUAUAAGUGCUCAUGGGAGGGCUGCGAGUGGCGCUUUGCCCGCAGCGACGAGCUGACGCGACACUACCGCAAACACACCGGAGCGAAGCCAUUCAAGUGCAACCACUGCGACAGGUGUUUCUCUCGAUCGGACCACCUGGCCCUGCACAUGAAGAGGCACAUCUGAGGGUCGGAGAGGAGAGGAGUGGACGAGGAAGAUGACCGGUGGAGGAUGAGGAGGAGUAGUGGCGGGAGAGAGGAAAUGGCCGGAGAAGCUACGAACCGUUAAAGAGCAAAAUCCCUCAGUGGUUGCUUCGAGGAUCUCCAUCGGAGAAGAGGGGAAAUGGAGGAGACGAGGAGUAGCUAGAUUGUUGUUUUUCUUUAAUAUUACACAUUCACAUUUUGCAGUAGUACACACUUCGCACACCCGUCUUCUAUUGCAUCAUCCCGGUGAGCCCUGGCUGCUCUCGCGCAGCUCGCUGGUCUUGGACACUGCCACUCCGUGCUUGAGUCGCUCGACGAAAACACUCCGCCGCCUUACUUUCUUUCUGUGUAUUCAACCCGUUUACAUUAGUGAGGCAUUUUGGUGAGGGAGCAGUCCAGCGGGGGGAGGAAACUCUUUAAUAUUCACUUAGUCAGUGCUUUCAAAUACUCAAUGUUUUUUCUUGCCGUUUUUUUUUUUUUUUUAAUUUCCUACAUGAAACACAUGAGGAAAUAUCAUCCGCCGCACUCAGCUUCUGUAAUCUAUGUGGGGAAAAAACAACAACGACGCGACGUCUGCGGGGAGAGACGCCAUGCGGAUCGAGACUGACAAUCGACGUCCCUCUCCAACCCCCGUUCUCGCCCGACGGGGCGUUUCGGGGCGUUCGUGGGAAAUCCGUCAGCAGAUGCUGCUGCAGCUCUCAAGCUCUCCUCCGAGAAAAAAAAAAAAAAAAAGGGGAGUUCGCAUCUCUCGACCUUCGCCGAGACGCCUGCCGCCUCCGCAGGCCAUCCGACAGAAAUGCGCAGCGACACUUUCUUCCCGUUUUUUUCUACUUUAAAGAACAAUAAUCCUUCUUAUUGCUAUACAUAAUUUUGGAAAAAGGAAAAAAAAAAAGAAAAAAGUAAGACACUUUUGCGCUUUUCUCUCUUGGAGAAAACGUCUUAGAGCUCACUGAAAUGUUAGAGGAAAGACUGGAUGUCUAAGGUGACUUCAACAAAAUGUGUGGGAAGCGAAGGAGAGCAUUGUUGGUCUUUUUUUUUAUUCCCGUGCGCACUGACUCUACAGACUGUGUGAGCAGCCGAUGGAUGGGGUGAAAGAAAAUAAAAACUGAAUCAGCUCAGCGUAAAGGAUCGGUGUUUUAUUUGGACUGAAAUAAAAGCAAAAAGCAGAGAGGUCUUCGUUUGUUUUUUUUUCCUCUGGCUCUCUUUCUGCCCUGCAACCCAACACAGCUCAAAAACAGAACAACAAACCCCAGGAUGACCUCCCGCGUUCUUAAGAGGGAGGACUCACUCACGUAAGAACCGGCAAACUUUUUUUUGAUUAUUCAUUAGUCUCUUCUUUUAUUCAAAAAGUCAUCCAUGUGCGUUUCCACCAACUCUGAGGAUCCAUCUUCCUGGCAGCACUGCAGGGCGAGAACUGUUGCUCAGAGAGCUGCUUUUUGCUUCUUUUUUUUUUUCCACACAUGGGACUGAAGAUGCCAGCUUUCACGUUCGUACGUUGGUUUUGGACAGAACAGGUCACACGGACCCCGGCGACUUCGCCUGUUUUGUAUCCAUUAACUGCACUUAUUUCCUUUUUUUUAUGUUAUCUGUGCUUUUUUUUUUCUACAGCUUAAAAUAAGAAAAAAAAAAAAACACGAUGGAAAAAAACUAUAAAAGACUGUUAAAAAUACUACACAAAAAACAGCUCUUUCUCUCUCUUUACAGAACAAGCACACAUACUCUGUCAACACACACACAUUUUGCAGUUCCUACGCUCCUGGCGCCUCUCAAGAUAAGACUAAUAAGAAAUAGAAAAAUAAUUAUUAAGCUAAUGAAGAGAGUUGGAAAACAAAACGCAGCAUGGCAGGCUUUAUUGCAAACACACACACAGACACGCCGGCUCAUGAACACACACAGACAGACAGACACACACUCUUCGUGGAAUUACAUGUUCUGUUCCCAAAUCUUUUUUCACAGUAGGAAUUUAGCAACUGUUGUUUGGUGGAAGAGUAUCUUAGCUCUCGGCUGGAGGUAACAAUCCCAAAUCCUCUUGAAGUGAGAAAUCGGCUUGUUCUCAGCUCCAACAGUCACCCACAGAAACCCUCGCUGCAAUCUGCGCCUCGUGUUUAAUGGGUUCCUGUACCGCAGGACGCGGGUUGUGUCGUCGUUGGCGACGGUCUGCGUUUUGUAAUUGGCGGGUGAGGAACGGGGGGAGCGACUAAACGGUAAAACAAGUGAAGCAGAUGAAAUCGUAAAACCGGUAGGAAAAAAAACAAAACAAACAAACUUUUUCAGCUAGCUGCUUCUCUAAAAUGUUUUCUUGGGAAAGUCUCCAGAAACGUCGAUUGGAAAUUGGCGUCUGAAUUCCCAAAUGCAGGUUCGAUUCGACAAAGGAAGUUGAGCAGCAUUCAUUUAGAAACGUAGAACCCAAACCUUCCAGCGCUCGCCGCUCGGAGUGUGUUUGGCUAGUUCUACGAUGAGUGUUAAAAACUCAAAAACAAAGCUUUCCAAAGGGGCUGUGUGUAUUUUUUUAAAGCCAGAUUUUGUUGGAAGAUUCUAAGGCGUUACCUGCAGUAUACAGCUUCAUUUAGAAUAAAUUCAAUUAGUUGGUCUCGGGGCUGGACUCUGUAAGCCAGUCCCAGAGGGAACAAGAGCAAAUUGUACCUUUUCUUUUUAAAAACCAAUCCAAUCGCCAAGGUGGUGCAACGCCACUGCUUCCAUUUUCUGACAUUAAUCAUCACAUUCUGUGUGGUUAGAAGGUGAUUUAAAUAUUUUUAGAAUAACAUUUGCCUAGACUGAUAUGUAAUUUCUCAGUCCAGAGUUGGUUUUGAGAUGAUAAAAGUCCACCUUGGUCACCACCUAAUUCAGGUUUACUCUAAAUGAAAGGUUUAUAUUUUCAGGUAAGAUACUAACUGCUUAAAAUCUAUUAACAGAACCCCUGAACUCUCUCUCCUUUGAGUUUUCAAUGCCUUGAAAAUUAAGGCUUUGUUUUUUUGUCAACGCUCAGAAUUUGGGAGAACUAUUCCAAAACAACAAAAUUCAACAAAAAAUCCGAGCAGAUCCCUUUGACGUCGCUUCUUAAAUUAUGCAGAAUCACUUGCCGCCGUUCGUUUAUGAAUUUUUAACCAAUGUCCACAGAAAUACCUAGAAAUUUGUUGCUUCACCGGGAAAACUCUCCUCCGUCUGUCGGAUCACCUGCCGGAUUUUCAGAGCCACGCUUCUUCUGUCAUCUUUGCGAACCCGAAUGCGAACGAUGAAUGAAAACCUACAUAAAAUAUCAGGAUCGCGCAUCCCCGAAUGCCGACUUUCUUUGGCUUUCAGUGGUUGCAGGAAAAAGAAACAAAAAAAACACGAGCUUCGCGAACCGGGGGCUUUCAACGCCAACGCUCUCACGGCUGCUCCAUCCGCCCACCAACACCUACAUGCCCUGUAGCACACAGUCCAACGCUCGCUGAUGCAGCUGGGUGAGGGAGCAGCUUCCUCAAGCUGGUCGAGGGGGCGGGGGAGGAUUUUGACUCCCAGCAUGCCCAGUCAUUGUGCCAGUUGGCCUUGCCAGCAUUCGUUAGCAGAAACGGUGGGAAAAAAAAGAUUUUUUUAAAAAGCCCCCUGAAGGGUGGAGGACAGGUAGGCAGGAUAGGAGGCAGGGGGGGAUAUAUGGUGCAGCUUUGAACAAUCGAUACCAAAAACCUCCAGCGUGGAACUGCCCUUCAGCCACGGGCAGAGUCUCUCCGGUCAGAGGAGACCAGCGGGGCGCCGCCUCCGUACGAGUCCUGUGUAUCUAACGGCAGCUUUCUCUACUAACUCUUCUCUGUCUAUGUAACGCAGUCAGGGUAUAAAGUAAGUGCACCCUUUUUCAGUUCUUUAGGACCUAAACAGUAGACUAUCUGGUUCAAAACCGAAGGGAACAACGUCAUAAAACCACACUGCCCAUUGUUGGUACCUUAACACAAAAACUUACCGAGUAUAUUUGGUCUAGUCUCUAUAGUGAAUCUGAAAUAAAACAAAACUAACUUGCAAGUAACUUUUCAGCAAGAUGUAGAAGCUUGUUUCAUCCUUAAUACUGAUGGAAAAAAAGGACUAGUGAGAAGGUAAAAUAAUCUGCCAUGGGAACGAGAACUUCAUCAAUAUUUAGGAGUUAUUGAUCUUAAGCAAACUCUUAUAUCUUUUAUAUCUCACUGAAAAGUUAUUUGUAAGUUCACUUUGUCUUAUUUGAAGUGUUCUAAGACAUUUUCACUGGAAACAUGAGCAAAAAUACUUGGCAAGAUUUUGUGUCAUUGCAUUGCAGAAAAAAAUCCAGAAACGGUUUGUACAAAAAUGUUGUACAUUACCAAAUCCAUUGAAUUUGAAUGUAACAAAACGGGGCCCAAGCCAUGUACUGAAAUAUAACCGUCAAAUAAAGCCACUUUUUAAAAAACAAACAAAACAACAACAAGAAAAAAACGAACAUGUUUGAGCAGAUUGGAUCAGAAAGAGGGUGCAAAUGUUUUAUUGUGACCGCCUGAAUAAGAACCUCUUGUUUUUGAUUUCAACACAAAAUCUAUGUUGUUUCCUUUCUUUUUCAUUUUGCAUAGAGAUGCGAAUGGACACUAUCCCAUACGGGGGAAUACAAUCAUGACGAAUGGGGAUUGUUGCACUUUUGUGACUUUUGAUGGCUUGAAUGUUGUGUGUUUUUGUUUCAACCCCGUCAUGCAUACUGUGAGCACAUCGGCCAUUUAUCAACUGCUUUUGACUGCUUUCCUAGUGUGCAGCCAGGUUGGAGACAACAUGAUACAGUUGGAGUUGAAUUACUAUUAAUUUUUUUUUAAUUCCCCCCCAAAAAAGUUUCCUAUAUUUAUUAGGGUUUUUGCUCUGGCUCUUAAUUUAUUCACUCAUCAAUAUAUCCCACGGUGCUUAUUGAAUCAGAGGAAUAAUAGAAAAAUCCAAGGACAUGUCAUGCACCUCACGGGACUUUCCGAUUUGAAAUGCGGUAAAAUCCCACUCUCGAUUUAGCCGAAAUCAAUUUCACAUUUCGUUAUCUUUUCAGGUUACACCACUUUCUUUCCCCUAAUGCUCCAGUUAAAACUGCAGCUCUGUCAAACCAAAAGCAAAUAAACUCUCUUCCUGAAACAAACUUCUUCCCACCACCCCCCUCCGACAUUUGACAGAUUUUAGAGUCACUUCAGAUGCAGCUUCGCAUUUGGUCGCCCUUCCUGUCUCUCAGCCUGUCAGAGUGGGUUUUCUGUCACUGUGCAGCUCCGGGUCCCCUGUCGUCUCGGAGGCUCGUCCGGAGCGGCUAGCUGCCACCGCGCGCUGCUCUGAUUAGCAUUGCGACUCCCAGCUCUUCUUGCGGCUGAGCUAAUGAGAUAGCUCUGGGUCACAGGGAAACGGAGUAGUACGAGUAGAAUAAUAAUAAUAAUAAAAAAAAGAAAAUACAAGGGGGGGGGAUCCUGAGCCACACAGAUGCCAGCUGAUCUGGAGCCGUUGCACAGAAAACCAGAACAUAGUAGUGAAACUUGUAAAAAAAAAAAAAAUAACAAAAAGAUCUAAGCUUAAAUGGAAAAAGAAAAACUGGUUUUGCAUAUUAAUCUUAACAUCACUUAAUAAUCUGCCUUAUCUUGCUGAUAACAUUUCAAUGAAUGACGUUUUCUCUGCAAAUCGAUCCUUGCCCCCCCCCCCCCACCACCACCACCAAACCCUCCACCCGCUUUAACAAUUAAAGUGCCAUUCCGGUUUGUCUCCAUCCGUCCCUCCAUCCUCACCACACCUCUCCCUUCCCCUCCGCAGCAGUUGUCCACUGCGCUGUCAGCUGCAGGAAUGCUGAAUGCACACUUUACACGUUUUGCCCAAAGAUUUGCAUAUUUGCAAGUGAACUGCUGUGAAUGUAGUAGAUGCAGUGGAUAGAUCCACAAGGCAGGGAUGCAGAAAAACGAGAGACAGAUGGAAGGUGGAAGGAAAGGGAUUGUUUUCUUUUGUUGUUGUUUUUUUUGUUUUUUUCAUACGCAACCAUCCCGGUAGAUCUUAAUUACAGACUCUACAUGGUCCGCAGCGUUCCCGGUCUGCUGGAACCCGGAGCCGAACUCAUUGCUCAAGAAUGUAAAAUAAGGUGUUCGUGGUGUUAUGGAGGCGCCGGCGGCUCCAGCGGGAGGCAGGUGGCUGCACGUCAACAUAACCGCUUCGGAUACCGCAGGCUGCUUGGUCAAGUCGUUCCAAAUUAAACGUGGGCUUUGAGUCGAAAGUGUCACAGGUCAAAGUUCACUCUUCUCAUGGGUCGAUAAAGGUCAAGGGAAGUUGACAUUUACUCUGAAGUUAAUCUGAUUGUGGGAUUAUCCCACUCAAACACUAGGUAAUGUGAUUAUUUCAGAGCUAACCGUAUCUGAAGACAGACAUUUUUUGAUCAGGUCAGUGUGGCCACAGGUGAACUUUAUUAAUCUGAAUUUUAAAAGGUUACCUUGAUGUACGCCCCACACUUUACUGCAACACACCUUUUGGAAAAUUGAACUAACAUCUAAUGAGGUGUAUUGGGCACUCUUGAAGCAGUUCUGUUGUACUUUUCAACUCAUUUGCACACAUGCAGAAGACUCACUUCAAACCUUCGCACUAUGUUUCACACUUGCUGCCUUUUCGUUUCGUUUGAGAAUUAUCAAACGUUUUUAGAUUAUGUGUCAUUACACACUGUGCUUUUAGAAUUAAAACACCCAAAAUAGCACAUGUAACUUGAGCCUACUACAUGAUGGAAAAUAACCGACUGAGAGUGAGUCCAUUUGUGUCUUUGAGGAUUCAGAUACCUGCUCAGUCUGUUGUACCUCUGCCGCAAUCCCAGAUUAUCAGACGUAAUUAAUGAUGGACGUAUUGUCGUGACAAGCUAGGUUUUUAAAAUGCUUAUUGUUACAGAAGAAUGUCUUCAACUCACUAAAUACCAAGCUAAGCAAACAACCAUCUUGUUACCAAUCUUGCUAACCAUUUAAACAACUAGUUAGCUUGUCUGGUUAUUAGUCUUUUUUUUGUUUUUUACAACCAAUUUGUACCAUGUUAACGUCAAUCAUAAAUACUGCAAAUCUAAGCUGUAUCACUGGCAUGUGUACAAUAAGCAUAUCAUUAUUUUAUGGUCAGGGUAAGUAAGGUGUAAUUAAUUGAUUUAUGUAUUUAUUUACCUUGGAUGAAAAUUGAUAAAGACUCACAAUCUGUUAAAAUAAUUUCUGUUAAGUGGAAACAGCUUCCUCUUCAUUUGUUUCUUGCAGAGAAAGAAGCCGCUCAUUUUGGUAGUGAAAUGUUUAAAAAAAAAAGGGAAAAAAAUGCAUCCAUAAAAACACAGAUUUAGCUGUACGUAACAGAACUGUUUCAUCAUUUGUCCGAACACCUUUCUAAUCCGUGUUUACAAUGUACUGACAGUUCGCAAAACAUGGCAAAAGAGAGCCAAAAAAAAAAAAAGCAGCAGCCUUUUGGGAGCAGACAUUUCUAAACUUUGGUGAUCCCAUCUGGUCCCAGGUAGAAGACUCCUCUGAGAACCCAAACUUUUGUUUCCACAGCUUCCCUCCACCUUGUCCUGAAGAGAUAUUGUUACUUCUGGCAGCUUUUUGUAAAUAGCCUAAGAUCUCUCACGCAGACUUCUUUCUCUGUGUGAAAUUAUCGACGUCGUGACGCCACACCGUCCGAGACAUUUCUCUAGAUCUGCUUUAGUUUUUGCAACCAUUGCACUUCGUGAUCAUACUUAGCUCUUGCACUCUACACAUGCGCACACUGCUAGCCUAGUCUGUUCGAGCACUCUGUCCAAUAUCCACUUAACGUUUAACACACAGCCAGGAUGCACUUUGCAGGACCGUUUUCUGCUGGUCUAGUCUCAACAGAUCGGACUGUCGUCCAGUGAAAGGCCCUUUUCUUCACCGCUACCCUGGGGGAGUCCGUUGUACCACGGUAACUCUCAGUCCUGCUGUGACUUGGUUGAUUUUCUUGGUAUCAGUGCCAUCCAAGUGACUCCUUCUCUAACUAUUGUGUUUGUUCAUGCUUGACGUGUUGGUAUAUAAGAGAUUCACGCAUUUUAACCCACUCACUUUAUUUUUUUUGUCUGUACGUUUCACUUUACCCACCCUGAACCUUCCUGACCCAAACCUCAACAAUCGGAGCCCUCUGUGGCCCAGCAUGUUCUGGAGGAGUUUCCUCUUGAGCUAUGCUCUCUGGUUAGACCGCGAAAGGUUUUCUGCAUCGACAGCAGAUCUUUACAGUGCAAUCUAUCAAUCUUUUAUCUACUCUCCUAAUCCCUGUAGGUGCUCGCUCUCUAGUUUUUACUUCUCUCCUUUUUCUCGCCAGGAAAACUGCCUCUUAUGUUCUGCUUCUAAGUAGGUUUGGUACCAAAACUGUCUGGCAUUUUAACAAGAAAUACACUAUUGGAAUUUUUUGUUCUUCGACCAGAUCGAUCUCUUUAUUGUAGUUGGGCUAAAGGUCUUUCAGACGUAACCACUUUUAUGAUCUUCUUUCAGAAAUGUUGAAAGGAAACUUGUCUUGGUCAGCUUCUUCUAUACUAAACUUAUUUCCUGUGAAAAGUAUUUGUCCCUUAGCAGAUUUCUUUCUUCUUAUUUUUUUGACAAAUUUUAAUAUUAGAAAGGGUUUUCAGAUCAUUAUUUCCUUUAAAAACCCCAAAACAUGUCAAUAUGACAAACAGUAAUUGUCUACAACUGCCCUUAAAUUUCUGUAAUAACUCAGAAAGAGUCUUGCAUGGCAGUGGAGGAAUUCCAGCCUCUUUUUUUGAAGAACUGUUUUAAUUCAGCCACAUUUAAAGGUUUUGGGUCACGACCAGUGUGUUUAAUCACCUGUUUAAAAAAGGAAAACGUUUCUUUGCACAGGUUCUUUUUUUUUUUUUUUUUUUUUGAUAAUAAUUGAGACCGUCAUUUGAAAACUGCUUUCUGUAUUCCCUCUGGUUAUAUUUGUCUAUUAAUAAGAGUAGUUUGUUGAUAAUUAACGGAAGCCUGAAGCUACCUGGAGAGGGACAAAUACUUUACGGCAGAGUACAAAAGGCAACUUGUAUUGCAAAUGAAAGGUGUAUAAGGAAGUUUCUUCUACAUAUAAUAUUGUAAUGUGAAAGUCAGCUGUGUAAAAAAGGAACAUUGUCAAAAAAACAAAACACAGAAUGUCCAAACACACUUUUGAUCCUAAUGCUAUUGCUGAUUAUGGACAUACAUUUUAAAACAUCCUCAAAAUCAACUAGGUUUUUAUUUUUAUUUCUACUAAAUGUCCUUGAAAUACUGACUGGCGUAAGAUUUUAACUCUUAAACUUACUGAAAAAGGUCACGAACAAAUGGAUAAAUACUUUAAGAUCUGGUUACGUUCAACUAUAAUUUGUAGCAUGUAAGGUUAAAAGCUGCUGGGUUACAACAAGACGUUGCUAAUCAU